AUUCCAGAGCCGCGGCGGGUCCAAGUUGGGGCCACGCUGCGCCACCUUUGGCAAACAGCUUGUGAGCUGGAGCUGGAGGGAGUCUCAGCUCUGCUGGGUCCGGAUGGUGCUUCAUUAACCACAGUUUUACGGCUGUGCAGGUGUCAUGUGACGUCCUGGCCCGGAGUAGUGGGCGGGGUGGAGGGCCGGCCGCCGCAUUCCUCCGCUCCUGCCGAGGGCCGUCCAGGACUUGCUGCUGGAGCUGUUGACAUGAGCGUGGCGCUUUGGUGCUACCUGCUGCCGGCCCUGGCAGGCUACGCCCUCACCUCCAUCUACCUGCUGAGGAACCCAGAGCUGCUCCACCGGAGGAAGCGCCCUGCCUUCCACUGCCGACACAUCUCUCACCGAGGAGGUAAGGCCUCAUCUCCUCCCUCCACAGCUCUGACAGACGUGUCCGCUCUUGCCUCACCAGGCUGUGGAGAGAAGCUGGAGAACACCAUGGAGGCCUUCACCAAUGCAGUGGACCACGGCGCCGAGAUGCUGGAGAUGGACUGUCAGCUGACCCUGGACGGACACGUUGUGGUGUCACAUGACGACCACCUGCUGCGGCAGACGGGCCUCGACUCCCGCGUCUCCUCUCUGCGACUGCAGGACUUACCUCUGUACCGACAGGAGCUGGAGGUGACCUUCAAUCAAGGACACUACAGCCGCGGCGCAGACAGGAAGCUGCCACUGCUGGAGGAGGUCUUCCAGAGGUUCCCCAAGAUUCCAGUCAGUAUUGAGAUCAAGGAAAACAACCAGAGGCUGAUCGAAAAGGUUUCCGAGCUGGUGACGCGGUACCGGCGGGAGCGCAUCACCGUGUGGGCCUCGGUCAGCUCGCGCGCCAUGCAGCAGUGUCAUAGUACAAACAGCGCCAUGCCCUACAGCUUCACCGCCAAGAGAGGAGUUCUGCUGCUGCUCCUCUUCUACAGCGGCCUGCUGCCCUUCGUGCCUCUGGGGGAGACUCUGCUGCAGUUCUACCUGCCCCGCAUCUUCAACAGGACGUUUGUUCCAGAGAAGCCCAUUCUGAGGAAGCGGCUGGCGGCAUGGCUCCUGGAGAAGGUGACGAUGAGGAGAAGCCUUUUCCGACACCUCGCCGCCCGAGGGAUUCAGGUCCAUCUGUUUGUGUGCAACACGGAGCAGGACAUCAAAGCCGCGGUGGACCUGGGCGCCACGGGCGUGAUGAGCGACUACCCCUCGCUUCUGUCUGGCUGCCUGGCUUCCUCGCCAGCGACAUGAUCAGCGCAUCAGCAUGGAUUAUCUGAGGAGGAAAUAAACCCUGAUGUGAUCAUAUGUCUGAGAGUUCAUGUUUAACCAGCUGGACCAUGUGACCUGCUGGCCACUCGGCAAACGUGACACGAGCGUGAGGAGUUGCAGUGGUGUGAGUGGAGCAGCAGGUCCAAAGGUCUGGCUCUCUGCAGAGAACAACAACAACUUCCUGUUGGCUAAGUCGCAGCGUUAAGAAGCAACAAGAGGAAGCACUGUUCUGGAGAGGUGCUCAGGAAAAGCUCUUCACCAGCCACACGUCCAGUUCCUUUCCAGCUCUCUCAAGGCUCCUGCCUCCCGGAGGUGCAGAGCCUGGACCUGGGCCACAGCUGGGAGCCAGAGCUCAGAGGUCAGGUGACCCUGCUGUGGCGGAGUGACAGGGUGAACUUCAAAUCAACUUCAUCAUCAAACCUAAACAGUGUGCCGCCAGAAGAGACUUGGAGCUCAACAUGCAGAC